CGCAGAAAAAAAAAAAGAAAAAAAAAAAAUCCUUUUCACACAGGAAGAGAAAAUCUAGAGAGAGAAAAUCUUAGAGAGAGAGAGACACAAAACAAAGAAACCGGAGAAGUUAGAGAGAGAAAGUCGAAGACUGAGAGAGGGAAGGCAGGCAUUAAUGGCGGAAGGAGGGAAGGAGAGGAACUCGCACGGCGAAGACAGCGUGAAGCUGUUCGUCGGCCAAGUGCCGAAGCACAUGACGGAGGCUCAGCUCCUCGUAAUGUUCAAAGAGUUCGCUCUCGUCGACGAAGUCAACAUCAUCAAGGACAAGACCACGCGCGCUUCCAGAGGGUGUUGCUUUGUGAUAUGUCCGUCGAGGGAGGAGGCGGAUAAAGCGGUCAAUGCGUGUCAUAACCAGACGACUUUGCCCGGGGCAUCUAGUCCGUUGCAAGUGAAGUAUGCUGAUGGCGAGCUGGAAAGACUAGAACACAAGCUCUUUAUUGGUAUGCUUCCAAAGAAUGUUUCCGAAGUUGAAGUCUCUGAUCUUUUCUCUAAAUAUGGGACAGUUAAGGACCUACAGAUAUUAAGAGGUUCUCAGCAAACGAGCAAAGGCUGUGCAUUCUUAAAGUAUGAGACAAAAGACCAAGCUCUUGCUGCCCUUGAAGCCAUCAACGGAAAGCAUAAGAUGGAGGGUUCAAGUGUUCCUUUAGUUGUCAAAUGGGCAGACACAGAAAAGGAAAGGCUAGCUCGGAGAGCUCAGAAAGCUUAUUCCCAGGCUGCUAACGGGCCAAAUGGUGAUUCACAACAUCCUUCAUUAUUUGGAGCCUUACCUAUGGGUUAUGUUCCCUCAUAUAAUGGUUAUGGUUAUCAGGCUCCUGGGACUUAUGGACUCAUGCCAUACCGCCUACCUGGACUGCAGAAUCAACAAGGUUUCCAAAAUAUGAUCCCACCCAUAAACCAAGGAAAUGCUUUGCAUAGAAUCCCGCCCCGCAAUAUUGCCCCUAGAAAUUUUCCUAUGUCUCCUACGAGUUAUAUGGGCUCUGCUUAUCCUGCAGUUCCAGGUCUUCGGCAUCCGAUGGUGUAUCCUGGAGGAAUAAUGAGCCACCAGCCAUUGAGUUCACCUGGUUCAGUGUCACCUACAGUUGUGAAUAUUAACCCAGCAACAUCGCCAGGCACUAGUAAAAGUUCUGGGGGUCAGGUUGAAGGUCCACCUGGUGCUAAUUUGUUUAUCUAUCACAUACCUCAAGAAUUUGGAGAUCAAGAGCUUGCCAAUGCUUUUCAACCAUAUGGUAGGGUUUUGAGUGCCAAGGUUUUUGUCGAUAAAGCAACCGGCGUCAGCAAAUGUUUUGGAUUUGUAAGUUACGAUUUACCAGAGUCUGCUGAAUCUGCUAUCAAUAUGAUGAAUGGAUGCCAAUUAGGGGGAAAGAAAUUAAAGGUUCAGCUUAAGAGAGACAACAAACAGAACAAACCAUAUUGAUUUGAAGGUGAGUUAUGCAAGGACGCGAGUCCUCUGGUCUUAUGCAAACCGGAUGUAUGGGAGUCACUUCAUCAACAUCGUAGGGUGGAUUUAGCUGAUCUGCAAUUAUAUUGGUUAUUCCAUCCUUUUUGUAACUUCCUCAAGGGAAUGAAAGCCCUCAAACUUGUAAUUCGUGGUGCAUACUGUGCCAAUACAAUCUGUAAUUUGGGUAUCAUGAAAGUUCAUUUAGGCAGUAACUAUCAAUUUAUUCAUUCUUCCCCUCAUGAACAUCUGGCUGUAUACUUGAUCUCUGAUUCUUUUGUUUCACAGUUCACAGACAUUAUUUCGCAUUUUCAUUUAUUUGUAAUCUCAUUUGCUGUAUUCUGGUGACUUAAUUAAAUGUAAAGCUUGCUACCUCAUAUGCAUUCUCGUUGUUAGAGGUUAUUUUCCAAAUUAUGUGGCAUGUGUUGAAGUAGCUAAUGAACAAGCAUUCUUCUAUCUGAAAAGAUGUGUUGUUUAGGCGUGCUGGAAUCACUUGUUAGGUAGAGUGGUUGUCUAUGCCAUUUCUGAAUUAUCAUUUGAAUGUUGUGCAUUUGAUUUAUAUGUUGAUGCUAUUCCGUGUUCUUCUUUGCCUCUUUGGGUGUUUUUUUUUCCAUAUUCGCUGUUUAGGAGCACUUGCUAAUAAUUAUCUCUUUCCGUGUAUGUAGAAAGUCGAAUACAUAAGUUUGUAGUGUACCAAUUAAUAUAUACUUGUCUCCCUAUAGUUAAUAUUUCAUGGCCUUUACUGCUGCAAUGCUUGUGAUUUAAGAUGUUCUUUUCCAAGUCUCAUCUGGUAAUAUGUUUUGAAAUGUUGGAGAUUUCCCUGGGCUCAUUUUGUCGCAGAUGUAGGUACGUUGGACUGAAGUUUAAGCAUGUUUAUGUCUCUUCUUAGUUGCAUUCAAGAGUACUAUACUGCUUAAACAUCGCUGUUGUUGUAGGGUAAAUGUAGACUCUGCACCUGUGUUCUCAGUUUUUGCUCCUUUGCUAUUAACUAUCAAAUUACCAGGUAAGAUUGAGGCGUUUUUAGGGGCAGAUGAAAGACUUUGCGGCACCAGUAUUACAGUCCAGAUUGUCGCUGAUAAAGGCUUGUAAACCUCUUGAAGUAUCAUCAUGCUUGGAUGUGGACCUCUGUAUCUGUCCUGCUAUACUCGUUUGAUAUCUGCAGCUAGCAAAGCUUCAUGGUGCUUCAGCUCGAUGCUGCAUCCCACCAGCUUUCCAUGCUCAACGAUUGGUGCAUCUCCGAGGCCCAUCGAUGAAUUCUGACUCUGUCGUCCCAAUGUAUUACUUUUUGUUUCAUUUUGUUGUAAGUUUCAUACCAUAUGGAAAUCCAGCAGUGUUAUCUUCUGAUACAAUAUGUAGAAAUUAAUGCAGUGAGAUCAA